CAACAGACUGAGCAGCAGAAGAGAAGAGCCAUGCAAUGAGAGCGCUACCCUGACCCAAACCUCCGAUUCACAAACUCAAACCCCGUGUUUGCAUGCGUUUGACUCCCAACUUUAAGAAAAGGACGUGGUGUCGUUGUAUAAAUGUAUUUUUUUCCAUUAAUAGUGGAACUCUAUAGACAGAUUUAAUAGCUUUUAUGAAGUUCUCAUCAGCACUGAGGAUGCGCGACAGAAUGACGGGACUUUCUCCGCGGAAACGACGCGCUUUGGAUGUGUUUGUGUGUUUGUGUUUGGUUUCUUUGGCUUAUUCCUUCAACAUUGACUUGCAACAUACCUUGGUGUUCCGAGGACCAGAUGCGACGUUUUUUGGAUACUCAGUCCUGGAGCACGUCCAUGACAACACACGCUGGAUUGUGGUCGGGGCUCCCAGAGCAAACUCAUCAUUCAGCAGUUCAGUUCAGUCACCCGGAGCUGUAUACAAGUGCCGGAUCCGCAACAACCCAGAGCAACGCUGCACUGAGAUGGACCUCGGCAGAGGAAAUAAGCAGAGGGAGUCCUGUGGGAAGACGUGUCAAGGCGACAGAAAUGACGAGUGGAUGGGGGUCAGUCUGGCUCGACAGGACAAACCCAAUGGCAAAAUUCUGGCCUGCGCUCACCGCUGGAAGAAUGUAUACUAUGAAUCGGAGUAUAUCCUCCCUCACGGAUACUGCUCCGUCAUCCCAGCCACUCUGCAGGGCAAGUCACAGCCUCUCAUACCGUGUUAUGAAGACCAUAAGAAGACCUAUGGGGAAGAACAUGGCUCGUGCCAAGCCGGGAUCGCAGGCGUUUUCACUGAGGAGCUGGUUAUCAUGGGUGCACCUGGUUCUUACUACUGGACCGGAACGGUCAAAGUGUUUAACAUGACAUCCAAUACUCUCUACAACCUAAAUCAAGACAACCUGAGUCCUCACAGAUACAGUUACCUCGGGUAUGCUGUGACUGCUGGUCACUUCUCCUCCCUGAAUACCAUAGACGUGGCGGCGGGUGCUCCUCAAGACAGUGGUGGUGGAAAAGUUUACAUGUUCAGAAUCGAAGGAACGGCUCUUGUGAAGACCUUUGAAGCCUCAGGGAAAAUGAUGGGCUCUUACUUUGGCUCCUCAUUGUGUGCAGUUGACCUUAACGCGGACGGACUGUCGGACUUGCUGGUGGGAGCACCCAUGCACAGCGAGAUCCGGGAUGAAGGCCAGGUUUCUGUUUACCUCAGCAGUGGUAAUGGAGUGAUGGAGGAAGUUGCAAUAUUGAACGGUGACAAUGCAUACAAUGCUCAUUUUGGAGAGUGUAUCACAUCUCUUGGGGACAUUGAUGACGAUGGCUACCAAGAUGUAGCGAUUGGAGCCCCCAAAGAGGAUGACUAUGGAGGAGCUGUCUACAUCUACCAUGGUGAUGCUACAGGAAUAGUUAAGAAGUACUCAAUGAGAUUGUCUGGGCGAAGCAUCAACCCCACCCUCCAAAUGUUCGGCCAGUCGAUUUCCGGCAAUGUGGACAUGGAUGGAAACGGAUAUCCAGAUGUGACGAUAGGGGCAUUCAUGGCUGACAGUGUGGUUUUGUUAAGAUCCAGGCCGGUGAUCUCUGUAGACGUCUCCAUCUUUCUGCCCGUCUCGAUAAACAUCACAGUACCGCAGUGUCACGAGGGCCCUCAGCAUCUCAACUGCUUCAACGUCACCGUCUGCAUGAGCUUUCGAGGAAAACAUGUACCCGGCCACAUAGAGUUGCUGUACAAUCUAACUGCAGAUUCAGAUAAGAGACACAGAGGUUUGCCGCCGCGGGUGUAUUUUGGAAACGGUGGAGAGCAGACAGGUGCUGUAAGUCAGCAUUUCAUCCUGGAGAUCAACCGACCGCAGUGCCAUCAGUACACGUCCUUUGUGAGGGUGAGUUUUCUUCUGAUAUCCUAGAACUUCAUGCUCCGAAGGUUCAGGCUUCAGGGAUUUGUCCUUUAAAGUCAACAUGAAAAGAAAAUUUACCCUGUUUACUGCCCUAAUACGUGUUCCUGGUCUAUUCAUGUUAUCCCAA